GACGCCCAAAAUAACGCAUUUUCGGAAAGAACAUAACCUUAAAACAAAAUUAAAAUAUCGAUUGCCUGCGAUUAAUCGAUGUCAGCGCUGUGAAGUCAGCUGCAAGAAAAAUCGAACUAACAACAAUGGUAGAGCUUGCAGCGUGUGCUUUCAACGGUUUUUUGUAUUGUUUACAUGUAGUAUUUUUAUUAUUGCUAGAAAAACGUGCUUCAUUUGUUGAUUUUCAAAAAGAAUUUCGAAAAUUUCACAUUAAGAUUGAAAAAAUGAAAAACGACAGUGACAGCGAUUGUCUAAUAAUUGAUGAAAAUGAAGAAAUAAAAAAGCCAAAAAUAGAAAAACUUUUAAUAAAAAAGAAUUCAAAUGGUAAUUAUACAAUUGAAAAUAAAGAAAAAGUCACAGAGAAUAAAGAAUUUUCAAUUAAUAAUAAAAAAUUGAUUAAACCUUCUAAUCAAACAAUGUUCUAUAUGGUUCCUGUUUUUAAGAGAAAAAAUUUAAAACAUGAGGAAAUGUCAAAAAUGUAUAAAAAAAAUAUUGUGGAAAAUUCCAAUUUUAAUUUGCAAAAAAAUAUUGUUUCCAAUUUAUUAAAUCAAGAUCCAUCUAUUGACAGUACAAAUAGUCAACAAUUAGAGGAAUGUUCAACAAUAGUUUUAAAUAGUGAUAGUGAAAAUGAGGACAAAUUUUUAAGACAAGAAUCAAUUUUAAACGAUUUACAACAAGAAUCGAAUGAUUUCGAAAAAUUAGAUACACCUUGUAAUAGUGGAAUUAUUGAUUCUUCAACUUUGGAUCCAAUUAUUUUGUCACGUUCACUUGGUGGUGGAUAUUGUAUUAAAAAAGAUUGUUUUUUUGGAGAAAAAUCUUGUAAUCCCACGGAAUUUGAAGGAUUAUUGUCAAGACACUCAAGUCUUGAAAAAAGAAUAACAUAUACUGAUAUGCAAAUUGAGGAACCAAUUUUAGAAACAUUAUUCAGCUCAUUAAGUGAUGAUAUUUCAAAUUCACAAGCAACAACAUUGUCUGCAUUAUCUCAAGAUUGUGAUUUUAAAGAAAUAAAUGAAGAUUCUUUUCAAAAUUCCUUUGAGACAACUUUUGAAAAAGAAGAAAAUCUAGUUGAUAAUGAUGGAAGCUUGCGAGUUAUUAGCAAAAGUGAUUCUAAUGUUUUCAUCGCUGGAUACGAUUAAAAGAAAAACUAUUUUUCAUAGGUAUAAAAAAAACAAUCAUUUUUUUUUUUUACUGUAAACUUUUAAGUUUUUAUUUACUUAAAGUAAACGUUCUUUAACAUUUUUACUAAAUGUAAAAUGUUAACUUUGAUAAAUAUUUAAUGUCGCCAAAAGUUUCUUUUUUAUAUUUAUUUCGAUUUGAUAAGAUUUUGUUUGGUUUUUUUUUUUUUAAUAUUUUACUAGACUUUUUAAAAACAAUGUAAAAUAUCUCUUAUUUAUUUAUUUUACAAUUUAAUUUUUAAUAAAAAUAUACAUGCAGGUACAUGUAUGCAUAGUUUAAAAAAAAAAAUUCAAUUUGUUCGCAAUUUAAUGUUAAUUUUAUAAUUAUGUAAAAAAAAGAAUCUAUUAAUGUUUGCUUUAAAGAAACUCGUCGAAAAAAAAUAGUUUUUUAAAUUUGUCAUCUUCGAUAUUUAUUUUUUUUGGGGAAAUAUAUAAUUUUUUAUAUAAAGAAAACACAUUCGAACAAAAAGAAUGUACAUAAGUAAAUGUCGACUUACAACUAAACAUUAUUUUAUCAUUACAAUUAAAAAGCGAUUACAGAUUAGUUUUUUUAUUUUAAUUAUUGUAAAUAUACGCAUGUAAUUAUUAUUCUCUUAAUGUUAAGUUAAAAAAUAUUUAUCUUUUGUAAUUAUAAUAAAAUAGAUCUUUAAUCGCUUUCUUUUUUUU